CUUGAUAAAACACACACACACACACACACUCAUAUUUGUGUGUGUUCACAUGCUUUUUUUAAUCUACUCUUUAAUUUCCUGCAGCGGCGCGCGUCGUCAUCAGACAGAGCGACGACAGGAGGCGCUCUGUCUGAUGGAAAUGUCAACAGGAAAUGGGAGAAAAUCAAGUGCACGCCGUCAUAAAAAAAUAUUACGUGCUGUUUUUACCGUUAGCCGCGUCCAACAGCAGCGGAAACUUCUCGUCAUAGAGCGUCAUGGACUCUCUAUAAACGGAUAACUUUAUAAAUAUAUUCACUGGGUCAUUGUUAACCCGAAGAAUCACUCGCUUAUAAAUAAACUAAUUUUCCUCUAAUCGUCAUCGCAAAAGCUAACUUAAAAAAAACCCCGAAUUUAAAUCGCGUGGUGUUGCGCCAUUUACGUUGAUUCUAUAUGUGGAGCUGCCGCUCAAAUCGCACCUAUCGCUUUUGGUGUAAACGCCCUAUUAGGCGAAAUUAAUGUUUGGCGCCCCCUAUCGCGCAAUAUUAUAUAUUUAUUUCUUUGCAGUUACCAUCCAGUUCUAAUCGAAUUGUAAUGUUUAUUUAUGUUCAAAUUAUUAGGAAGAACCUAAAUUCUUUAGUUUUUAGUUAGUUAAUAUUUAGUUAGCAUUUAAACACGCGAUAAGUCUAUGAGAUCGUGUGGGUGUGUGUGUUUUCCACAUCAGAGCAGCUCAGACCUACGCAAACAGGGACGGCUUCAAACCUUUUACCUCCUGCGUUGAAACCUGAAUAAACUCGUUCGGUGGGAUGUCGGGGUUAAUCCGAGUGUGAACAACCAUCAAAGUGGUUUAGCUGUGUUUUUUCAGCUCUAAUGUGGUCGUGUCUGUGUAAACAGGUCGGAAACACCUCAGUUCCUCGGAGGAAGAUUUACGACCAAGAGGCGGAAAUCACUUAAAUCUCUCUUCUUCUUCUUCUUCUUUUUUAAUGUGUAUUUUGGCUUUUAAUCAGAUGCUAAUAUCACCACAAACCAUAGACGCCGAUUCGGUGGGUGCUUCGGGGUUAGCAGCACUCACGAAGAUUACCGAGCAGCCACGGAGAUUACCAAGCAGCCACAAACUCCUCUCCGCGGUUUCUCUCGUCUCAGAUUCUCCCGCUCUGUCCAAACGUGUAACAUGUUCCCGGAAAUAUGUUUUUAAAACUACUUCGUAUCCACGCGAAGUUGUGGUUGACAUACGCUACAGGUUAGCAUUGCGUCAGUUAAUGAACAACAUCCCGGAAGCGCGGCGUUAGUAAAGAAAAAAAGAAAAGAAAAAAAGGCGGAACUUUUGUCUCAGGGAACCUUCCAUUUGUAAAGUGUUGUUGUCGGCAAUGUUUAUGGGACGGACCGUUGGUGGACGUUUUAGUCCAAGAUGAAGUUGUUGUGUAUUUAUCGUGUAUUAACAGUUAUGGGUAAUUGAAGAAACAAGCGGCGGAUUCCAGAAUGGAACUGUGUGUUUUGCUCCGUGAGCUCCAUCUUCUCCCCCCCGAGAAGCCCUUUGCCUCCUCUGCGCCCCCUGCAGUCACCACAGUGCUGUCUCAGCUGCAGGAGAAGUUGACAGCUGCCUCCUCGGACACAGAGACCUUCUCUCUGCUGGAUCACACGGAGAGACUCUUUCUCACCGCUGAUCCUGAUUGGUUGUUCUCCCCUGCACCGGCCGGUGAGGAGGAGCUGCGGUCGACUCACAGGUCUGUGGUCCGAGCUCUGACCGACUGCGCGUCUCUGCCUGUCUGCGAGGACGAAAGCAGCUCGCUGCCGCCAGCGGGCUACCACGGUGUUCCGGGCCGAGCCCUCCGGGUAUGCUCGGUGCUGCAGGUCCUGCUGGAAACUCUGGGUCAAAGUCAGAGGACGGACCUGCUGCUGACUCUAGCGCCAUCUGUGUGUGUGUUCAGUGUGAUGCACUACCAGGACCAGGUGUGGACGACAUCGUCUUCCAGAGCAGCUGCACGGAGACUGCAGGAGGCGCUGCUGAGGGCAGGUGGCUGGACAGACUCCGCCCAUCUCCUCAUGGGAGACAGGAGUCUGGCGGUGAUGGAGGAGGAAGGGACGAAAAGAGGAGUUCUUUCCGGAGUCCUGGACCUCCUACAGCCUCAACUCACCAGAGACACGUGGCAUCGUUGUGAAGCAGUGAAGCUGGUCUUUGUCUGGACUCUGCUGCAGGUCACUCGCCCCUCUCUCUCGCCUCACCUGCCUCGAUUUCUCCCUCCCUCCCUCUUUCUCAAUGACCACUUCAGACCAGAGAACUGCAUGCUGGGAGUUCGCUGUCUGCAUCACAUUGUAAUCAACACUCCUGCUGCGGAGCUUCGUCAGUUCAACAGAGCAGACGUCAUGUAUGAAGCCUUGUUCAAACACCUGUUCACCACAGAGGCUGCAGUCAUACAGCUGGUCCUGUCCUGUCUGUUGGACCUGAUGCUGGUUUUUGAGAAGCCCCCGUCUGUGCUCGCCCCCACCCGCAGGAGGCCCUGUCGUCACGACGACGUGCUGAGUCUGGUCCUGACCCACAUGGAGGCGGAGAACAAAGUGUCUCUGCGCCGGGUUUACGCCUCCGCCCUGCCCCCCUACAUAGACAGGAUGGGUGUAGGAGUUUGCCGACAUCUGAAACGGUUGGAGCGGGUGGUGCUGGGAUACCUGGAGAUUGGAGAUCCACCUGAGGAGACGAGCAGACUGAAGAUCCUGGAGGCACUGAAGACGACGAUGACAGUGGCCUGGCCACGGAUGGAGGUCCGCAGUAACCUGCUGUUGCGCUGUUUGCUGCGGCUCCUGGUCGACGUCUCUUCGGACUCUUGUCUCGAGGACGCUUCGAAGCGGAAGCUGAUGAGCGAAACCGCUCUCUGUAUCAAACUGCUGGACCGCUGCACACAUGGAAAACUACUGCCUGUCCUCCAGCAGGUGGACAGCAGCUGCUGCAGUCCUGAGGUGCUCAGCUGCCUCGCAUCCAUAACAGCCACCACGGAGAGGUGACGCUCACACCUGGUCCAGAUGUUGGCGAUGGUCCUGGGAUGGAGACUUUACAGCUACUCCGUGACAUCAUUGGAAUUUUUUUUUAAAUUUUGUUUUAAUUGUUGCUUUUACAUUGGUAAAAAAUAAAUAUGUAAAAUAAAAAAA